CUCAAGCCUGGGGAUGGGGGGGCCCCAUUCACCGUCGCAAGGGGCUGUAGAGAGCUAUCGAAAUAAAGGCUCGGUGCCCAGCCGCUCUGCCCUGGAGCUCACCUGCCCCUCUGAGCCCCUAGGCAACUGGCUUGUUCCUCCCUCAGGAUGGACAUGUGGACGGUGCUGCUCAUCCUGCAAGCCUCGCUGGCGCUCCCCCAGGCUGCUGCCGCCACUGCCGCCACCACCCCCACCCCCAUGCUGCGCUUUGUCGCCGUGGGUGACUGGGGAGGGGUCCCCAAUGCCCCGUUUUACACAGCCCGGGAAAUGGCCAAUGCCAAAGAGAUUGCCAGGACAGUGCAGAUCCUGGGCGCAGACUUCGUUCUGUCCCUGGGAGACAAUUUCUACUUCAGCGGUGUGCAGGAUGUCAACGACAAGAGGUUUCAGGAGACCUUCGAGGAUGUGUUCUCUGCCUCACCGCUCCACUCAGUGCCCUGGUACGUGCUGGCUGGCAACCAUGACCAUCUGGGGAACGUCUCAGCCCAGAUCGCCUACUCCAGGGUCUCCAAGCGCUGGAAGUUCCCCAGCCCUUACUACCGCCUGCGCUUCAAGAUCCCCCGGUCCAACGUGUCCGUGGCCAUCUUCAUGCUGGACACCGUGACCCUGUGCGGCAACUCUGACGACUUUGCCAGCCAGCAGCCCGAGAGGCCCCGCAACUUGGCGAUGGCCCGCACGCAGCUGGCCUGGCUCAAGAAGCAGCUGGCAGCGGCCAAGGAGGACUACGUGCUGGUGGCCGGCCACUACCCUGUGUGGUCUAUUGCCGAGCACGGGCCCACCCACUGCCUGGUCAAGCAGCUGCUGCCACUGCUGACCACGCACAAGGUCACCGCCUACCUGUGUGGCCACGACCACAACCUGCAGUACCUUCAGGAUGAGAACGGCUUGGGCUUUGUGUUGAGCGGGGCCGGGAACUUCAUGGACCCCUCAAAGAAACACAUGCGCAAGGUCCCCAAAGGCUACCUGCGCUUCCACCACGGGGCUGAGAACUCACUGGGUGGCUUCGCCUAUGUAGAGAUCAGCCCCAAGGAGAUGAGCGUCACUUACAUUGAAGCCUCGGGCAAGUCCCUCUUCAAGACCAGGUUGCCGAGGCGAGCCAGGUCCGAGCAUCAGCACCGCCGUGGGCUCCACGCUGGGGCCUGAGUGAGAAAGUGCCUCCCUGCCGGUGGGUGGUGGGUCCCACUGGGACACACACACACCCCUGCCCUACUCCCCCUGCCCAUGGGCAGGCUUUCUCAGGAGCCCGUGGUGUGAUGGCAGAGCAGAAAAGAGAAGGGCAGAUGAGGAACUUGUGACAUAGAUGCCCGUGCCUGAAGGAAACAUGGACACAUGUACGGGCCAGAGUGCCAGGCCCCGUGACCGGGCUCGCCCAGCCUGAGUUCCAGGCAUUGAGGGGCAAGGAGGGAGGGAGGCAGAGCUCUCCCCUGGAUCAGGCAUCCUUCUGUCACUGCUG